AUGGCUGUUUCUCAACUUAUUUCCCAUUUCACCCCUAUUAUUUUGCUAUAUUUACUCUUACACUCCACCUUCAUCUCCGCCGUUAACAUUACCCAUCUCUUAUCCCCUUACCCAGAUCUCUCCGACUUCUCCGACCUCCUAUCCUCCACCACCGUCGCCGCCGAUCUAACCCAACGUACAUCCCUCACUCUCCUCGCCGUUCCCAAUUCCUUCCUCCGAUCUUCCGACCUCAUCCGUCGUUCCCCCUCCUCCACCAACAUCGCGGACGUCAUCCGCUACCAUGUCCUCCUACAAUACCUCUCUCUCCAUGACCUCAGCCACUUUCCUCCCUCCGGAAAACUCAUCACUACUCUCUUCCAAACCACCGGCCGUGCCAGCAACAACUUCGGCUCGGUUAAUAUUACCUACGAUGAUAAAACCGAUACAACCACCGUCCGAUCCCCAGCCGCGUACUCACAAGCACCAAACAACGCCACCGUUAUCUCCCUAAUUAAGAACCUACCGUACAACGUUAGCAUCUUCUCCGUCAAUUCACUAAUCGUACCUUACGGAUUCGAUCUACUCGCAUCGGAGAGUCGACCGCCGUUAGGGCUUAAUAUCAGUAAAGCGUUAAUUGAUGGCCACAACUUCAAUGUGGCGGCGUCAAUGCUUGCUGCAUCUGGUGUCGUUCAGGAAUUCGAAUCUGAUGAAGGCGGUGCGGGAAUUACACUGUUCGUCCCGACCGACGACGCAUUCUCCGAUCUACCGGCGUCGGCGAACUUUCAAUCGUUACCGGCGGAUAAGAAGGCCGACGUCUUAAGGUUUCACGUGCUACAUUCCUACUAUCCGCUCGGGUCGCUUCAAUCGAUAGUGAAUCCUGUUCAACCAACCCUAGCCACCGAGGACAAAGGCGCCGGGAGCUUCACAUUGAACAUUUCUCGGGUUAACGGGUCGGUUGCAAUUAAUACGGGCAUCAUUCAAGCCUCCGUAACACAAACCGUAUUUGAUCAGAAUCCCGUUGCAAUUUUUGGAAUUUCUAGGGUUUUGUUACCAAAGGAGAUUUUCGGGAAAAAUGGAGUGCUGGAAAAAUCUCCUCCCAUUAGAGGCGCUCCGGCACCAGUUAUGCCAAUAAAUUUUUCACCGGAAUUGUUCGGGCCAUCAUCGCCACCGGGGGAAAUGCACUCUUCGGCGACGGUACGGACUGCCAAUUUCGCUGUUUUAUGUAUAGGAUUGUUGUAUGUAUUUGUAUGA